AAUUAUCUUCGUUCUUAAAUCACAAAUACCACCGUCUCUCUUUUUUCUCCACCACCGAAAAAAUGAGCCAGUGUGUUCCUAAUUGGGACAUCUCCGACCCACCGCCCUCCGCCGCCGCAGACGACGUCGUUCCCAUGUUUGAGUAUGAAGUCGCGGAGCUGACAUGGGAAAAUGGGCAAUUGGCUAUGCAUGGGCUGGGGUUGCCGAGGGUAACCGGCAAGAUUCACCACGGCGGCGGCGGCGGUGGUGGUGAUGGGUCUAAGUACACGUGGGAAAAUAAGCCGGCACGUGCAAGUGGCACGCUUGAGUAUUUGGUGAACCAAGGAACUCGCCAUGGUAAGAUUGGUUUUGAUGUUAACACCGACGACGGCAGUGGUGGCGGUAAUGAUUUGGUGCCGUGGUUUUCCGACCACCAUAAGCAAACGCUACAAACGUCGGCUGCUUCCGCCGCCACGACUAUGGACGCUAUGGUACCAUGCGAUGGCGACAAGUCGGCGGCAGGUGACGCCGGCAAGGCAACGGUGGAGUCAAGCGAUACUCCGGUGGGGCUAGAGGACGAGGACUGUAGAUUUACCGAACGAGGGAGAGUAGUGGCGCGUGCAGUCCACGCAGAGAGGGAGUGGAGUGUUUGCCAGAAUCAAAACAGCGUGAGUGGCAGCGACGCUACGUUGAACACCCACGAUAGAAACUUCACCGCCACCGCCACCGCCACCGCCACCGCCACCGCCACCACGUCUCAUGGGUCGCUGGAUAACACGAGCUCCGGCAAGCGGUGCGUUAAUACGACCACCGACGACCAUGAUUCCGUCUGCCAUAGCACAUAUCAGGUGGAAGAAGAAGAUGGAGGAGACAGAAAGAAAGAGAAUCCAAAAUCCUCAAUUUCCACUAAAAGAAGUCGAGCUGCAGUAAUACAUAACGAAUCCGAACGUAAAAGGAGAGAUAAGAUCAACCAAAGGAUUAAGACAUUGCAAAAGUUGGUCCCAAAUUCCAACAAGACAGACAAAGCUUCAAUGUUGGACGAAGUAAUAGAAUAUUUGAAACAAUUACAAGCUCAAAUUCAAAUGAUGAGUAGAAUCAACAUGCCAAUGAUGCUCCCAAUGGCAGCAAUGCAACAACAGCUUCCAAUGGCGUCGUUAAUGGCAACGCCGAUGGGGUUGGGAAUGGGCAUGGCCGGGAUGGGGAUGGGGAUGGCUUUAGGAAUCGAUCAUUUAAAUAUGAUGGCUACCCGAUCCAGCCUCGCUGCCGGGAUGUCUCCGAUGCUUCACCCAACCGCCUUCAUGCCCAUGGCUGCAUGGGAUGGAGGCACUUACGACCAACGUCAACCUUCUCCGUCCAUGAUGAUCGCAGACCCCAUCUCGGCAUUUCUUGCCUGUCAAUCGCAGCCGAUGACGAUGGAAGCGUACAGCAGAAUUGCGACGAUGUUUCAGCAAAUGAAUCAACAACAGCCCACGGCGGGUGGCUCCAAGAACUAAUUGAAUUCAUGUUUUAAUGAUCUCUUUGUGUUCAAUUGUAUUUUAGAAACAAAAAAUAAUAAAAAGAAAAAGAAAAAGAAAAAGAGAGGAAAAUGUGAAGUAUAAUAGCUGUGAUGAACUUUUAGAGUUUAGAGUAUAUCGUGUUGGAGUAAUCUUAGCCGUUGGAUUGUCUUUACUUUUACCAUUUUUUUUUUAUAUAUAAGUACAUAUUGUAUAAAUAUGGCUUUGUCAAGGACACAAGUACUUGGAUUGUAUUAUAGUGUUGCCUUAUUCAAAA